UCCCCAGUGGCCAGUCAUGGCUGCACCUCCACGCAGCGCACCUCCUUCCAGCGGUUUCGUUUUCGGUGCCCUCCGUGCCGUCACACUCCCAGCACGCCACCCCGUCUACCAAUCUGCAUCGCUUACGAGCCUUCUCGUAGAGCACCAUCCCAAUCGAGUGGGCUACUCACCACUCAUCGUAAAGCAGCAACGCCUACCCUCCCGGGGGUUAUUGUUUCGAUGCUUGCUGCUGUGAGCAGAAAUGGCUGCUAAAACCCUCGGCUACCCGUUGCAACGGAACCGACGUACCAACACGAACACGCACAAAACAAAAAAAAUCACUUCUUAGAGACCUGAUUUCGUUUGCCUCCAAUUGUCCUUCCUAGAAGACGGCCCUUGUUGUCUGUUAAUAGUGUACUGUUGAAUAGUCGUAGCCAAUUUCUCGCUCUCUGUCUCUCUCUCACACACACACACCUUCUCUCUAGCGCGCCCGUUCAAAGCUAGCAAAUCAUGCAAACGAGUUGGCAGCAAGCGUGCAGCUGUUAAUUUUCUUGUUCAGAUCAGAUUCUGUAGCGCCUACCGUCCUUAACGGAAGUGUGCAUACUCACUCAUCCUCAUUGCUCCCAAAUGGGCCCAAAAUUGCUCUCUAGUACAAUCGGGUAGAGAGAGGCACUGUCUGCCGAAACGAUCGUCCCUCGUUCCCAGCUCGCCCAAACGGUGCUACGCUUACGCUUUAGUGCAAACACUCAAUCCGUUGCUUAGUUUUACUAGUUACAUCUUCUAUUCUUUAUUGCCCUGUUAUUUCUGGAGCCUUUACAUCUCGAACCAUUAUCACUGGAUGGUGUGUAAGGAGCGAAAUGCUGAAUAAGAAAAUAAAUAAUGAAACAUAUUUACACGAGCUAAAUGAUAAUUAUCGAUCAAUAGUGAGCUGCUCUGAGUGUGAACCAAACGCCACUCGUCUGAACCCUUUCUUUGCUUCAGUUUCACUUGUACGAUCUGACGCGUUACAUUCGAGUGCUUGUAAAAUAUAUCAACUCAGCCCCAAAAAUGUCCACAACAUCAUUUGGCCCAUUAAAUAAAAAGCUUAAGAUCCUUCCUCGCAAGCAGAUUUGAGCCAGCAGCGUUUGAAAUUUAUUCCGUUUAGUAUCAACACCACGCACCGACGCUGUUAGAGCGGCUGGUUGAAGCCGUAGAAUUAUAGCAAAAAUGAAUAAAGUAAAACGAGAGCAAGCAAAUCGCUACAGUUACAGUUUUAAUGAUAGGCAUUUUUUCUAUACCUUAUCUUUAAUUCCUACUAGAGUUUAGAGUGAACCGGUGAGUUUGUUAAGAGCAGCGGUUAAGAUUCAGUAGAGCAAACAACAAAUUAAAAGGCAGCGCAGUAAAUGAAUCGAACUCAAACACGAUGAAAACAAAAUCAGAGAAGAUACUAGUAAAACAACGUAGCACAAAAAAAACACACACACAAACACACUAUUAAAUGGCCAAAAACGGAUUUCAAUAGCAUUAAGAUGAAGCAGUGGGCAGCGGUCGAACAGCAGACGGCAACCCACGAGGAGCUGCACCACUGCGGGUGAAAGAUUUCAAUGCGUGCAGCAGCAAAAGUCGAUCAAACACACCCUUUGCGAGAUGCGAGCGCGAACCAUAGAGGCACACUGCUUCCGUUCACGUGUAUUGGGUGGUAUUGAUAUUGGAACACAAAAGAACAAAAUGUCAAUUAUUAAUCUUAGAAAUGAGUAAGUGACCAACAGGCGAUGGGUGGUCAACGAAACGGCAGCACAACUCAACUCGCGCACAGCACAACAACAUAAUGACAUAGCACACAUGACACAUACUAACGUACUAGCAUGUCUGCGGUUCGGCUUCAGUUCGUUCUGGCGUUGUUAUCAUCCAGCAGGGUUCAGAUGGCAUGCUAAAAGAACACAGUAUAUAAUAUAGGUUUAAGGGUAGCAAUGAUGAUUUCAUGAAAGUUGUUUCAAGCGCAAAACAUAAACAAACAAACAAACAAACAAGUAUUUUACUUUCAACGGCAAACCGUCAGCCACCAGGGCUAGUAAACUUCGCCUAUGUAAAACAUAUUUCUAACCUGGUGGGGUUUGUUGUUCAUUUUAGCAAAGACUUAGAUAACAAAUGCGAAACUACACGAAAAAAGACAACCACAUUACACACAUUAUGGAAAUGGAAGUUUAAAAAACAUCUUAACUCUAAGUAAUAUAAUGCUCGAUAGUAAAAAAAGGUAGAAGGAAGAAGAAAAUAAAAAAAGAUAAAUGUAGAGAUUAAAGCCCCAAACUAUUGAACCUAUGAAACAAAACAGCACACUAGAGCAAUGCGAAUCAUAAAGAAAGAGAGAGAGAGAGAGAGAAAACAGAACAGAAAAAGAAAGCAUAACGAAAGUAUAAACAAGAAAACGCACAACACUCCGAACAAGUGCAGACAAUAACGAAACGAAAGUAGUGUGAAGCGUGUAAUGCUUGCAACAAAACAGCCACUAAACGAACAAAUAAUAUUUAUAUUCUGUUGUAGACAUUUUCACUGAAUCAAAACUUAUUAGCCCCAAAACAAAGGAAAACAAACAAACAAGAAAACGCUAAAACCGACAGGUGAAGGUUACUAUUCUUCAAAUGGCUUAAGUAACUGCUCGCGGUACUGUACCCUGUCUGUAGGGGGUUUGGAUGGACAAAAUCAAACCAACAAACAAACAAGAGAGAAAUAUAUAAUCGCACACUUGGCCGGUUGGCUUGGUAAGUGUAUAUGAAAGGUAAUCAAAACGCAUACAAAAGUAGCACAAAAACAACAAAAACAAACAAGUAAAUGCAAGUAAAUGCUGAACCCCAAAUGCCAUCAAAAUACACUCGUGAUAUUACAAAACAAAAACAAGAGAACGGACAAGGUACGUACGAAGGUGAAAUGGGAGCCCCACGACAGCUCGUCCGUUCGAAGGCUAAUGAAGAUGGAGUAAUAUAGCAAAUAGGCGCUGCUUCAGUCGAGCGAGCAUACAGAUAGUUAUUGAUAAGAUUACGCUAGGUUUAGUUAGUGUGGUAAGGUUAGUAUGUGGUAAGAUUUAGCCGGGAUUAAGAGUUUCACCUAGAUCAAUGUUAUGUAGACUCAGUUAUCGUUGGCAACUGAUGAUAUUUUGCUCCCUCCUGUUUGCAAGAAUUUUUGUAUUGUUUUACUCUCGACUAUUUUUCUUCUUUAAAACAACGUAUUUUUUGUUUAGUUUAUGAAUAAAAGUUCAACUAUCACGUU